AUGUCCGUUCGGGGGGUCCGCGUUUGGCGGCGAAUCGAUGUCACCCUGCCGCCGUCAUUUUUGAUCGAACACACGAGGAAUGAGGGAUGUUUGAUGAUCGAAAAUGGAGCAUGCUUGGAAAUAAAACGAUCCCAAUUCGAGGACUGGAAACUCGGCUACACGAAAAUCACCGACGCCUACGGUUUGAUGGGAAUUCUGAGAACAAAAGAAGAAAGCUAUUUGAUAGCGAUCAAGGGUGUUCUUUCAUCCGGGCAACUCUUCAACAGUGAUAUUUACAAGAUCACAAUGAGCGAGUUUAUUCCAUUAAAGACUCUUGGGGUUGCCGAGCAUAUCGAUCCAAGAAUUGUCGAGCUACAAAAGUUGAUCUCAUCGGGAAUGUUUUACUUCUCGGCCCUCACCGAAUACGAUCUCACCCUAUGCGCACAGAAAAGAGCCCAAGGAGCGCAAAGUGAUGAGCGAUUUUUCUGGAAUCGAAGCCUCCAUUUCCCUCUGCAAAGAUUUGGAAUUGAUUCAAAGCAAUGGUUUCUCAAAUGUAUCAGUGGAUCGUGUAUCAUUCGAACUGUUUACAUUGGAGCAAAGACUGGAAAGGUAGCAAUUCUGUCAAGGCUGAGCUGUGAGCGAGUCGGCACACGAUUCAAUGUCCGAGGGGCAAACGACAUGGGAAAUGUGGCGAAUUUUGUGGAAACUGAACAAUUGAUUCUCUUCGAGGGUCAAGAGUCUUCAUUUAUCCAAAUCCGAGGCUCGAUUCCGCUGUUUUGGGAUCAACCGGGAAUACAGGUUGGCUCACACAAGGUCAAAUUGAGAGCCUUUGAGGCAUCGGCUCCAGCUUAUAAGAGACAUUUCCUGGCUCUUCAAAAAUUGUAUGAAAAUAUAAUUGUGGUGAAUCUAUUGGGGCAUAAAGAAGGAGAACGAGUACUCGGUGAUGCGUUUCAGACUCAACAUAAGAAUACCCAUUUGAAAGAAACGAUUCCAUUUAUACAUUUCGAUUAUCAUGCACAAAUGAAGAUAAGUCGAGAUAACAUUAACUAUUUGAAGAAAGAUUUGCAAACAUUUCUAAAUGAUAAUGGAUUCUUUCAACAAAUUAAUGCGAAAGUUUUAAGAAAUCAAACAGGAGUUGUGAGGACGAAUUGUUUGGAUUGUCUUGAUCGAACGAAUAAUGUUCAGACAUUGCUUGGGCUGAUGAUGCUUCGAGAUCAAAUCACAUCUAUGCGAAUCGAGUCGGCUAACGCAAAUUUACAUCAACGUUUUGAAGAAGUUCUUAAAGAUGCUUGGGUGAAAAAUGGAGAUCAAUGUAGUAUCAUUUACGCUGGAACGGGAGCACUUGAGGGGAAAAGUAAAGGCCGUUUUCUAUUGAAGAAAAAGGCA